AUGAGGCUCCUGCUAAUCACUGCAAUUCUGCUGUUCCAGAAACCCACAGUAACUGAACAACUUAAGACAUGCUGGGAUCAAUAUACACAAGGAUACUGUAGGAAAACGUGCAGAAUAAGUGAAAUACGUGAAGUUCUAUGUGAAAAUGGGAGAUAUUGUUGCCUCAGUAUCGUGAAACUGGAAGCACGUAAAAACAUUCCAAAGCCAACUCGUCAAAAGCCAGUGACAUAUGCAGUCACUCUGCCUCAAGAUUAUAAUACGUAUGUAGAAAAUGAUUAA